AUCCGCAUAUAAACUGAUCGUUCUCUGUCAACUCCAAUUCAGCAUUUCUUUAUCCGGAUUUACAUUUGCUGUAUUUUGGGUGUCUAGGGGUCCUCUUUUCGAGUGAAGUACAAUUAAUUUGGGUUCUCUAGUUCUAGGGCUUUCAGUCUUGAACUCUUGAUUAAGGGGAGGGCUCUGUUCACUGAGAAUGAUGGCCUCUGCUGCACCUCUUCCUUCACAAAAGGAGCUUGAGGAAAUGCUCAUUCAGUCUGGAAUUCAGCUCUCUACACCUCCUUCAUCCACUGCCGAGCUUCUCAGCCUCCUUGAAAAAGUUGAAUCAGAACUGAAGAGCAUAGGGAAAGACUCUCCAGUGUCGACGUUAAAUGCACUUGAACCAAUUAAAAAAGCACUGAUUGAAAGGAAGCUUCUGAGACAUUCUGAUAAAAUCAUUGAGGUUUCUGUUGCAUCUUGUAUCUGUGAAAUUAUGAGAAUAUCUGCACCCGUUCUACCCUAUGAUAAUAUAGAAAUGGAGGUCGUUUUCCAUCAGAUUAUAGCAUCGCUUGAAAAGUUAUAUUACAUUGAUAGCAACUACUAUAGUAAGGCACUGAGAGUUCUUGAAGCCGUUGCUAAGUACAGGUUGUGUGUGAUGCUAUUGGAUUUUGACUAUGUGUUAGCUGUUAACGUUUUCCAACUGUUUCUCAAAAUCAUCAGCCACAAGCAUAGCAAUGCUGUAUUAAGAUAUAUGGUAGACAUCAUGUCUCAGCUCAUAGAAGAAAGAGAUGAAGUCUCACUAGAUUUUCAAGUGUCCAUUCUUGAUAGCCUCAGAAAGGAAACUCUGGCUACUGCACCUUGUUCAACGCUAUUGGGAAAAGAAGUCUUGGAAAAGUGUGCUGCCAGACUGAAGCCUUGUCUUUUAGAAUUAAUGACAAAUAUGAACAUGAAUUUGGAUGAUUAUUGCAAAGUACUUGGCUCAAUAUUGCAUGAAGUUCCUGAGGGAUAAAACACGGUGGAAAAUGCUGGUUCUGUACCAUCUGUAGAAGGACCAUCUGCGCUUCAACUUCCUCAGGUACCACUACUGGAUGCCAC